AUGUGGGUGGCCGCCGGCGGGAGAGAGUCGUCCGCGGCCGCUGUGCUGCGGGUGCUGCUGAUCGCGACCACCUGCGGCCUCGUCUUCGCGCUCCUCCACCUCCCGCUCCCCGACGGCCGCGCCCGCUCUGCCGGCCCCGGUGGGGAGCGCGGCGCUGGUGGGGGUGGUGGGGCCCGCCUGUCGGUGCAGCAGGGGAGAAUUCGAGAGGCCAGAAGGCUGAGUGUCGUCACCGAAGAGAUAGACGGGCAAACUGAUGAAAUUGCGGCGGAAGAAGACGAAAGGAUAUCUAAAUCUCCCCCGGACACCAAAGAAAAGAUAUGGAUGAUGCAAGAUCAGCUAAUUAUGGCCAAGGCAUACUUGCAUUUCGCUGCUCCCCGAGGUAGUGUACAUUUAGGUCGAGAGCUGAGAUUGAGGAUAAAAGAGAUCGAAAGGGCAAUAAGCCACUCAAGUGGAGGUACCCAUGUACCUGGGAGUGCGUUACAAAAAAUGAAGGCGAUGGAGCUGACCCUUUCCAAGGCUCAGAGGACCUACCCACGUUGCUCUCAGAUGACAUCAAAGCUACGUGCAAUGAUGCAUAACAGUGAAGAAUUGGUCAGAGCACACCAAAGCGAAUCUUCAUUCCUCGAGCAGGUUGCUGUGAGGACAUUACCCAAAGGCCAUCACUGCCUAGCAAUGCAACUCACCUCAGAAUACUUUUCGUUAGAUCCCAUUAAACGUGAAUUCCCUAUAAGAGACAGCAUUCAGUUGGAUGGUUAUUAUCAUUAUGCAAUAUUCUCUGACAAUGUGCUUGCAAGUGCUGUGGUUGUCAACUCUACAAUUGCUGCAUCAAAGAUUCAAGCUGAAGGGUGUUCGAGAUCCAAGAUACACUUCUGCACUGAACCACUUGCGUUUUUAUUUGCCAGAAGUGUUUCCCUCUUUGGGGGCAAGGUUGUACUCUUGGACCAUGAUGUGGUAGUCCAGAAUGACUUAACUGGAUUAUGGGAUCUAGAUAUGAAGGGUAAAGUAAUUGGUGCUGUUGAGACAUGCACUUCAAGUGAAGGUUACCAUCGAUUGGAUAGCCUUGUUGACUUUUCUAAUCCAAACAUCUUCAACAAACUUGAUCCAAAGGCUCGUGCGUUUGCAUUUGGAAUGAACAUAUUUGACCUGAAUGAAUGGCGCAAACAGGAUUUGACUACAACUUAUCAUAAAUGGUUUCAACUGGGCAAAAUUGAGAAGUUAUGGAAGGCAGGAAGCUUGCCACUGGGUCAGCUCAUCUUCUACAACCGAACACUGCCUCUUGACCACCGAUGGCAUGUUCUUGGGCUUGGUCAUGACUUCAGCAUUGGAAGAGAUGAACUUGAGAGUGCCUCUGUUAUCCACUACAGUGGGAAACUGAAACCCUGGCUGGAAAUUUCUAUCCCAAAGUACAGACACUACUGGAACAGCAGUGCAACAUUCACGGAUAAAGGCGAUGGGGGUGAGGUGAUUCGCAAGGUGGAACAUGGAUACACAGCUUCGCUGUAG